AUUAACGUUAUGCGAUACAAACACGAAAUAAAUUAGAUCGUGGCUAUUCAACGAACCCGUAGCUAUCCGUAUGGUUUAUUAGACAAUUUUGUGAGCUGGCUGAUUCGUCGUGAUCUUUGAUGUGUCGUGUUAAUGCACAGGCAGAGGAUUAUUAGCCAGCCACACGCAGCCUUGCACGUAUUUUUUUCUAUGAACGUGCACAUUCAGCUUCAGGGAACUGUGAAUGUAAACCCUUUAUAGAUCGAUUUUGCAAAAACGGCGAUUGCUGUUGAUGACGGGGAAUUCGUGACCCAAGUAGCCAGAUCAGUUAGCUGGGUCGCUAACUGUUCUGACUACCGUAUCCAAUGUAAUGAUCUUUUUUGCAGCAAAAAAUACUCGUUGAUAGCCAGUAUCGUUCCCAAUUUUAUUUGGAAGAUAUAAAAUUGAUUUUACGAUAGCUGCAGCGGUUUAUAUAUGUGGUUUAGUAGAUGACAGGUUGUCCAUGGUAUCUGGUUAUAGGAUGAAGGCUCGGUCAUCCUCCCCGGUCCAUGUGCACGUAGAUGAGACAGCUCCUGUUCGCAUUCAUGUGCAUCGGAGUCAGUCCUUACCUUCCUCCAUGGAGAUGGAACAGCUUGCGCUCACUUCAGUGCCUGAUUAUGGGGGCACUGGUACGGGGAAAAACGCAGCCAUAACCAUCAACAAGGAUGGUGAGACAUUCCAUAAGUCCAAAGAGAAAAGCAUGAAGAAACCAAACUUAACGCAAAAGCCAGCAUAUAAGAUCUUGGAGGUUAGCCAGUCCGACGACUUUGACCUUGGAAAGGCCGAAGGAGAGAAGGAGUGUUCAUCUCGUGAUGUUGCUGAUUUUGGCUUUAAGGGACGUCCUCCACCACAUGCUUCUGGGACGGCUGGAGGUGACGACGCUUUGUUGUCUGGCGGUCGGGACGGCCGAGGACGGGGGCGGUGUGGAAGCAGGUCCUACCUGAGUCGCUCUGACCUUGACAGGCACGGUUACGACGGUAUGAAAGACACGCAUCUGCUGCGGACCCUGAUCGACGCCGAGACCGCUGCCAGUGCUGUGGCUGUGCAGCUCGUGUCGUUUAAAGACGUUCUGCCGGAUGGCUUUGAUGAUUCGAGAUUCAAGCACUCAGGUGAGCGGCAGCUUUCGCGGGAAAAAAACCUUUUGCUGGAGAAGCUGGAGAUUUUCAAACGCAUCAACGGGUUGGCCCGCGACCAGCUGAAAGAGCUGCAGAACCACGAGGAAAAUCGACUUGAGGCGAGCCGGCAAAUAGACAUCUUACUGGAGAACCUGACACAGACGGAAGCUGAGAAUCGGAACCUGAAAAGAAACCUCAGCGAGACGGAGAGCAAAGUGGGGGAACUGACAGAUAUGAGGAAAAGAGAAAUGGAAAACAUCGGCACCGCCCUGCAGUUGUCGAAGUCUGUGGAUGCCACCCGCGCUGUCCUGCAGGGGCAGCUCCGGAACAAGGAGUCGGAGAACAACAGGCUGUGUGUGCAGCUGCGGAGUCUGGAGAGAGCGAUGGUCGAACGGAAGCUGGAAGCGGAGGCUACGAAGGCGGAGAUGACAGCUCUGUCAGAGAAGGCAGCCCGGGAGAAGGAAGCUCUCAAGAAAGCCGUCCGGGCCCAGAAACGGAGGGCAGAACGAUUUAGGUCCGCCAUCGAGAUGUGCUACAGUCAAAUGAGGGAGAAGGACCUGCAGCUGGAGGAGGCCAAUUCGGCGGCGAGAACCCAAAAGGGACGUUUUGAGCAGGUGUCGGAGGAGAAGACUCAGCUGGUGGCCCAGAUAGCCGUCCUCAGGACCCAAGUCGCCGACCUGACCGCCGAGCUGCACAAGGAGAGAGAUGCGGCCAGGUUGCCCGGCCGAGACCUUCCAGAGCGGAUGGAGAAGAUCAGGAUGGAGAACGGAGAGCUGGGUCUGGAGAACGCAGAGCUGAAGGUGCGCAUUGCCGGCCUGGAGGAGGCGCUAGCGCGCUCUGCUUCAGAGCUCGAUGGUCGGAACGCCGACUGCCAGGAGCAGGAAGAGCUGGCUGAGAGGUGCCGUGCGCAGGUAGACGACCUUCAGAGGGAGCUCGGGGCCAUGAAGGCGAAGUUGGAGCAGGUCCAGAGAGACAACGAGGCUGCCAGGGAAGGAAAAGAAGCGGAACAUGAAAAGGUAAAAAUACAGCUGGAGUCACGGGUGAGGGAACUUGCAGCCUACCCAGAUUUGCUGAAAGCAGCCCAACAGUCGCUGCAGGACUAUGAGGACAAGCUCCAGAGCUCUGAGAGGAAGCAUUCAAACCAGUCAGAAAUCCAUAGGCAGCUGCAGGCUGAGGUCGACAGGCAGUCUGAGCAGCUGGCGAGCUCCCUGGCGGUAAGGACCACCGUGAGCGAGGCCUCCACGCAGCUGCAGCUUAAAGCGGACCUCCUGCAGAGGCGGGCGGAGGAGGUGCAGCAAGAGAACACGGAGCUGGUCCGCCGGCUGGCCAGCCAAGAGGAGGCCCUUCGGUAUGGCGAGACGGAGCAGGAGCGACGCUCCGCCGAAUGCGCCUCCCUCAGCCGGCAGCUGGAGGCGGCGCUGGCCGACGUCAGGCAGCAGGUCUCUAAUGUCAAAGACACAGCCGCCGUCAGGGAGAGAUCCCUGCAGGGAAGGAUCCUGGAGCUGGAGGUGGAGAGAAACAGGCGUGACAGCGAGCUCCAGCAGCUGAAGAGGAGCAAGCAGGCCGCAGAAACUCAGCAUGAGGUGCGGCUGAGAGAUCUGCAUCUGAACCUGGAGCGCUCGGAAAGCCACGCGCAGCGGCUGCAGGAUUACGUGGACUUCCUGAAGGCGAGCUACGCUGCCAUGUUCGAGGACAGCCUUGCCACUAAUGUGGGAGGGGCUUACCUUUUUAAAUAGCCCGCCCCCCGGCACCUGAGGAAGAUCGAUGGAAUUUAACACUAUAAUGAAUAUCUCCAUAUGGUUCAUUAAUUUUAAUAACAGGAAAAGCAGAUCUCUGACAGAGACUAUUUAACAUAUUUCAGUAAUAUGUAAACGUACACCAAUAAGACACUGAAGUCAGGUUAUGACCUGUGCUUAGUGCUGUUUUUGUAAUAUAUGUGUCAAAAAGCACUUGGGGCUGGACUCCAGCCCUCAGCCCUGGGGUUUAUGAAAUAUAUGGUUAUUCAAUAAUUCAAUAAUACAACGUGAUUUAUUAUAUUAAAAAUGUAUUUUAUUUUUUUAUAUAACAAGAAUACACAUACACUUCCAGAAUAAGAUACUUUUCACACAAUAUAUGAUUUAACAUAUAUUUUGGCCCUUUGCCAUCUUUCCAUGACUAAUGGAUCCAGGGUUGUUUAUCUGCUUCGACUUCCAAAGUAACACAGAGAGAAAUAGUACGUCGAAUUAAGCAAAAACAUAUUAACAUGUUUUAAUAAAUACAACUUAAACACACUCAAAAAUAAGUCCAUUAAUCAGUGUUAUCAGUAAAAUAUACACACUAUCUGGUGCAGGAAAUUUUACAGAGUUUACCGUCUAGAUGCUCUAAAAGUGAUUGUAUCUGUAUCUACAGGAAAUAUAGUAUUUGUUUUUCCAGCUACUCCUUCUUUAAGGAAUCUGUCUAAUACAAGAGAAAGAGCACCCUCUACUGACAUUUUCAUGUAGCCUCUUCCUCUCUAAAGCGCCCAUUACUUUCUUCUCAGUUGCAUUACUGAUUUUUUGGGCAACAGUGCCGUCUUGUGUUGAGUCAUCAUAAUCUGGAUUAGUGUUACUCCCACUAAGCACAGUCCCAUUUACAAAGCCCUUGUGAUCAUGCACUUGAUUGUACUCAACAUAAAAUCUUGGUAAGUUUUACUGUAAGGUGGUGAAAUAUAAAACUGCCCGUCACGACACUGAGGCCAUAAUGAUUAACUGCUGUAGCGCUAGUGAAUUUCAUGCAGCAUAAUCCAAAAGUAUUCAGAUAAAUAGGAAGUCAUUUUAACACAGAAGUGCUGUGGUAAUGCACUGGGUGCAGAGUAGCAUCAAACUUCCACAUCUGUGGGCUGGAUCACUGCCCCCUGCUAUCUGUGGGUAGUUUUUGUUUCCUUUGAGUUCCUUGCAGUUGCCUAAAUACAUUUAAUUCAGUGAGUUGGAGUCUCUAUAUUGGCCGUAUAGUCCCGUUUAUGUUUUAAAUCCUGUUCCAGCAGUAAUUCCAUGCAAAAAAAAUAAAAAAAUCCAAGCAAUCC